CGGACACCAAAAGCUUCUAUUCCAAAAUGAAAACUGACCAUGUACAAUGUAAACACUACUACGCGACCUUAUAAAUCAGAACUACUCUAAUUUUAGAUUCGUCCAACAUAAUAAUUGCACCGGUUCCUUAAGAGGAUGGACGUUGUAGAGAUUCGCCACUUGGUGGGCGUCCUUCUGAAACAUUGUCCUUCUACACGGCACAUAACUCGUUUGACCAAUCGUUUAGUUGGUUCUCAAGUCCCGUCAAGCCGGCGAUACCUUCAUUCUCGACAAAAUAAAAUCCACCAACUUUGUCGAUUAGUCUCAACAAAACCCGGAACAGUGUUACAACCCGACAAUGCAGGUGGCGAUGUUGUAAAAAAAUUAGACGACAAAUCCUAUUUCAAACGCCUCGGGAAGACAACAAACCAUUAUUGGACGGACCAUGCUGAAGAUAUUUUACAACGAUUGAACAUGGAGCGACUUGUUGACCCGGAUCAUAAUCUAAAUCUGAGAGAGAAUCUACGGAGGCGGUACUGCGACGACAAGGUUGACCUCGAUGUGAUCCGAUCUCUGUGGGGACGAUGGUCCACGACGACGUCGAGGAAGGAUAGGGAGGAGCUGGCUUCGACAGUGGUGGGGUUGGCCUUGUGGGUACCCAACGAUUCCUGUUCCGAGGCUUUAGCCAUACCAGAUGACGCCCCUGUUCCGAUCAACGUCCAUGGUCAACCAACAACGCCUGAAGUCUUAGAGUUUCAAAAGUACUGCGAUAAGCACGGAUGGCUGAGGAAUGAUAAUCUCGGGAAUAUUGCAAACCACAGAAGCUAUUUUCUAAAGGGACCUUUGGCUGAACUUGAGGAGGCCUUGGUCCGGUAUGCUCUGGAUGCCGUGAAAAAAUUAGGUUUUCAACUAAUAUCCGUUCCAGAUAUUUUGUAUCCUCAUGUUAUCGAGUCCUGUGGUAUGAAGACUCGAAGUGAUCGCGAUCAGGUAUUUUGGGUGGAACUUCCAGACUCUCCAAAUUCUGAAGUUUGCCUAUCCGGUACGGCAGAAAUGUCAAUUGGAGGAUCUCUGCAAGACAGAACUUUCAUGCUUUCAUCACUGCCUCUAAAAUUAGCAGCUGUUAGUCGCUGCUUUCGAGCUGAAACGUCGUCAAUUGAAGAAGAAAGAGGAUUGUACCGUGUUCACGAGUUUACAAAAGUAGAACUGUUUGGAGUCACUGCUGCAGAAACUGGAACUGAAAGCUCUGAGCUUCAUCAAGAGAUAAGAACUUUGGAGGAGUCUCUUUUUUCACAACUAGGAAUUCAUUUCAAGACUCUAGAAAUGCCACCAAGUGAAUUGGGUCUCCCAGCUUUCCGUAAAUUUGAUAUUGAAGCUUGGAUGCCUGGAAGAAAAAUGUUUGGUGAGAUUUCCAGUUGUAGCAAUUGUACUGACUUUCAAAGUAGAAGAUUAAACAUUCGCUACAAAAGAGAAGGAGAGAGUCGUCAACCAGGUGUCUUGCCAUUUGUUCACACGGUGAAUGGGACAGCUAUGGCGAUUCCAAGAAUGCUCAUCACUUUGGUCGAAGCUUGUCAACGGCCAGAUGGAUCGAUCGAAAUUCCACCUGUGCUCCACAAAUUUAUGACACGACCUUGGGAGGAAAGCGUAAAAGUGAAUCCGAAAUUUCAAACUAGUUUUUUACGAACAAAAGCAGCCCAAAUUAAGUACUUAAAACAAUUUAGAGAGUUGGAGCUGGAUAAUUGAACUUAUCGUGAAGUGUGCAUGUGUCAAUCAAAUCACACUAGUAAUUACCUAAUUUUCCUUUCUUUCACUGCAUACGAACAGCAGUUUACAAACCCAUUGUAACGUAAUUAUAUAUUUAUGGUCAGAUACAUAUUUACUUAUACAUAGUUUUAGCUUGGAGUACGAUUAAAAAUAUAUAACCAAUUAUAUUGACUUAUUUGAA